AUCUCAUCGAAGAAGAGGCCGUAAUAGGUGGCUAAACACGAGAAGCGACAAACCGAUAUAUUGUCAAACUUUGAUUCUCAAAAAUAGUAUAUUUGAGAAGAAUCUAGUUAUCCAUAGCUAGCUAGAUAACUCUGCAUUGGAUAUUGUUGGUUUAGCGGAGCAGCAGUCACCAUGGCGACGGACAUCAUCUCCCCGCCACGGUUCUUCCACAUGCCACGGUUCCAGCACCAGGCGCCGCGGCAGCUCUUUUACAAGCGGCCCGACUUCGCCCAGCAGCAGGCCAUGCAGCAGCUCACCUUCGACGGCAAGCGCAUGCGGAAGUCUGUCAACCGCAAAACCAUUGACUACAACCCCUCGGUCAUCAGGCAUCUGGAGAAUCGUUUGUGGCAGCGAGACCACAGAGAUUUACGUGCCAUCCAACCAGAUGCAGGAUGUUACAAUGAUCUUGUUCCUCCUGUGGGCAUUGUGAGUUAUCCCAUGAACGCAGUCACCACAAAGUUUGUUCGAACCUCCACGAACAAAGUCAAGUGCCCUGUCUUUGUCAUAAGGUGGACUCCUGAGGGGAGGCGACUUGUCACCGGAGCCUCCAGUGGGGAGUUCACCUUGUGGAACGGACUCACCUUCAACUUUGAGACCAUCUUACAGGCCCAUGACAGCCCUGUGCGGGCCAUGACCUGGUCUCACAACGACAUGUGGAUGUUGACAGCCGACCACGGCGGCUACGUCAAAUACUGGCAGUCCAACAUGAACAACGUCAAGAUGUUCCAGGCUCACAAGGAGGCGAUUAGAGAGGCCAGUUUCUCACCUACGGAUAAUAAAUUUGCCACUUGCUCUGACGACGGAACCGUACGCAUCUGGGACUUUCUACGCUGUUACGAGGAGAGAAUUCUCAGAGGUCACGGAGCUGACGUGAAGUGCGUGGACUGGCACCCCACUAAAGGCCUGGUGGUUUCCGGGAGCAAAGACAGCCAGCAGCCAAUCAAAUUCUGGGAUCCCAAAAGCGGGCAGAGUUUGGCCACACUUCACGCCCAUAAGAACACGGUGAUGGAGGUGAAGUGGAACCUGAAUGGUAACUGGUUGCUGACAGCGUCCCGCGACCACCUGUGUAAGCUCUUUGACAUCCGCAACCUCAAGGAGGAGCUGCAGGUGUUCCGGGGCCACAAGAAAGAGGCCACAGCUGUAGCAUGGCACCCUGUCCACGAGGGCCUGUUUGCCAGCGGAGGCUCGGACGGAUCCCUCCUCUUCUGGAACGUAGGGGUGGAGAAGGAGGUGGGUGGUAUGGAGAUGGCCCAUGAGGGCAUGAUCUGGAGCCUGGCGUGGCACCCACUUGGGCACAUCCUCUGCUCUGGAUCCAACGACCACACCAGUAAAUUCUGGACCAGGAAUCGCCCAGGGGACAAGAUGAGGGACAGAUACAAUCUGAAUUUGUUACCAGGGAUGUCAGAGGAUGGAGUGGAAUACGAUGAUAUGGAGCCAAACAGUUUAGCUGCCAUUCCUGGCAUGGGGAUCCCUGACCAGUUCAAAGCUGCCAUGGAACAAGAGGCAAGCGGUAAAGAGACUGCAUCCGAGGAGGAGAUGAGCAUCCCAGGUUUGGAUUGGGGGAUUGAGGAGAUUUUACAGAAAGACCUGAAGAAAGUGCCACAGAAGAAGGUCCCCUACGCCAAACCCAUCCCUGCCCAAUUCCAACAGGCCUGGGCAGAUAAUAAGGUUCUUCUCAUGCCCCCAGGAGGAGAGAAGAAGAAAAUGGACGAGAAGACCAACACCAACCCGAUGAUGCUAGAGCAAAUGAAGAUGGACCGUUUGAAUCCGAUGGACGGGAACAUGCCUCCCCCAGGAGGCCCACAAGGACCCAUGCCACCUUUCCCUGGCCAGGGAGGACCCAUGCCCCCACCCCCUCAGGGCUUCCCCCAGUCUAUGCCACCUCAGCAGAUGCCCCACAUCAUUGGCAUGAUGGGUCCUCCGGACCACCACGGGCCCCAGGGCAUGCAGAGGCACCCCGGCCCCCACAGAAACAUGGGCCCCCAGGGGCCUCACGGCAUGCCUCCCGGACCCAGAGGGAUGCAGGGGCCGCCCGGAAACAUGCAGGGCCCCCCGUCGGUAGCAAUGAUGGGGCCCCCUCCUCGAGGCCAGGGGGGCAUGAUGGGCCCACAGGGACCCAUGCAGGGAGUAGUGGGGAUGGGGCCUCCCAUGCAGAACCCUCCAAGGACACAUUGCAACAUGCCAGGCAUGGGGGGCAUGCCUGUGAUGGGUAACAUGCAGGGGCCACCCCCGGGUGGGAUGCACAGACCACCGCAGGGUAACAUGCAAGGACCCCCUGGCAACAUGCAGGGCCCCCCUGGAAACAUGCAAGGACCCCCAGGCAAUAUGCAGGGACUACCAGGCAACAUGCAGGGGCCUCCGUCCUACAUGCAGCACCAGGUGGGCCAAAACUCUGGACCCAUGAUGCAUGGGAUGGGGCAGCAAGGACCCAAUGGCAAAGGAGAUACCCGAGGGCCUCCCAACCACCACAUGGGUCCUCCACCUGGAGGCCAGGGCGGCUCUGGGGGCUCCGACCAGGGCUCCGGUUCUUACUGGGGAGACUCCGAGCAGGGGCGCCGCGGACCCUCAGACUUUAAUGAGGGGGGCCAGGACUUCCACGGACGGAGAGAGGAGAGCUGCAGGCGAGGGUUCGGCCAGGACUACCAGGGAGGCCACAGAGGGGGAGGGCAAGGAGGAGAAGGGGGAAACUGGGGCUCUUCUGAGGAAAGAUUUCCCCACGAUGUGGGAGAGUUCCGAGGCCGCAGGGAUGACAGGUACAGAGGGGGUGGACAGGGUCACCCUGGGGGGAGGGGGUUCCCUGAUGAGUUUGGCGUGCAGGAGGAGAACUUUGACGCCUCAAAUGAGAUGGGUGGAGGUUGGGACAACGGAGAGAGGGGGAGACCCCCCCGAGGAGGGGGCCCACCCAGAGGAGGAGGAGGUGGUGGAGGUAGACGCCAGGGCUUGCUCCCCAACCCCGAUGAGUUCCCCCCACACUAUGAGGAAGGCAGACGUCAAGAGGCCUGGGAGGGAGGGCGAAAUCAAGGUCACGAGGCUUACCGAGAGAAUCAGCGCUCGGAGCAUGGCCAACCGCACAAUAGCCCGUCCCCUGCCAACCGCGAGCACUCCUCCUGCCUGCAGGGCUUGGACAUGGCCUCACUGCCCCCACGUAAACGCCCGUGGCACGACGGCUCGGGCACCGGAGACCGAGACUCCCCGGGAGCAGGGGCAGAGGACAGGACAGCAGGCCGACCCCCCCAGAGAGAGGAAGGAGGCGGCAGAGGGAUCUGGAGGGGAGCGCCACGUGGGGCCCCCAGAGGGGGAGGGCGUGGACAGUAGGAAGAACUCACUACCAACCUACCUACCAGCCCCCCACCAAACCGCCCCCCCCCCCAUACCAUACCUCCAUGGCCCGACUGGGCAACAAGGACGAACUGCAAA